AUGAACAAAGGAACACUGAACAAUAAUAAGAAACGUUCACAUUCACAUGAGGAGGCACAUAAUUCAUUUGUCAAGAAUGUAUCAUCUACAGUAUCAUCCCUAUUGCCCUCUUCCAUCAAAAAGUGGUUCAGUAGUCCCAGUACAUCCAAUACCAAUGGUUCUGCUCAAGUAGCUGAUGCAACAGAUUCGUCUUCUGAAGAUGAGGUACCUGAAAGUCCUACAAUAUUAUCUCAGCCACCUACAAAGAGGAUGCGUUAUAACUCACCUGGAAAAUUAAAUGACUUUGGGGAAUCUGAUGUGAACAGUACAGCAAGUAAUGUUGUUUCUUUAGAAACAUAUUCAGCUCUACAAUCCCAUCCUAGUAGAACAACAUUCAGAAGAGAACCUGAUUAUGUAUCUACUCGUAUUCAUUCUACAGUUAGUGAAUUAACCAAUGAGAAAAAUGAACAAGAUUCAACUGUUUUCAAACCACAGCAUUCUCUUACAACUGUAGGUCCUUCAGUUGCUAGAAAAAGACAGUCUCUUUUUGACAUGCUAAAUAAUGACUCAUCAAAAAAAGCUUCAAAAGAAGCUAAAUCAUCUAGCACAGCACAAGAUCCUGGUCAGCCUUAUUUUAAGCCAGGUUUGCUAGGUUCACCAUUUUAUCCAGGAAAAACUAUGUAUGGAGGAGCUGCAUCAUCCUACAUGAAUAGUCCUAACAUCAAGUUAUGCAAAACUACAAUGGUUAAUGAAUCCAGUAGCCAUCAUGAUAAUACUAUGAGUCAUUCUGCCAGACGUGUUAUGGAUUUGUUAGAACACUAUUCAUCACCACUGUCAGAAGCUAAACGAAUAUUAAAUUAUGUUGGUUCCCCCAGGAAUGAUAAUUUAAGUAAAAGCUUAGAGAGCAGUUCUCUGAAAGCUAAUAGAAGUUCUGCAUAUAAAACACAAGAACUACAUGUGCCUAGUAUUGCAACAAUUCUGUCAUUGAAACAGAGAUCGCGUCUCAUGGAUACAACAAAUACAGCAAGACAAAUUAUUGCAUCUCACAGUAGUGCAGCAAAUUACUUGCCUUAUCCAAAGUGCAGCAUACAGAGUGAAUCCUCAAAUAAGGAUAAUGGUGAGAAGUUAAUAACAAAAGUAAAAACCAGAGUAACAAGAACAAAAAGGGGCGAAAGCUCUGAACUUCGUAAUGUAUCUACUCCAGUAAAGCUACCGACAGGUUUUUUGGAAAUUGAUCAAAACAAUUUACCCAAAUUUAAUUUUGGUAGCCCUAUCGUAUCAAUAUCAUCAACUUCUACUGUUCAGUCUACUACAACUCCUGUGACAGAAACUUCAACUUCUUUAGACUUUAAAACAACAGGUGAUUUAAAAUCAGUUGAGUUAGAAACACAAAAAACUAACAACUGUUAUAAAUUCUCAACCCCUGUUACUGUAUCAAAAGACAUGCCAUUUAGUUCAACAAUACCUAAAUUUACUUUUGACAGUCCAAUGAAGAAUAUUGAAGAAACAGUUGUAAGUAAGGAAAAAGAUGGAAACAUUUUUGUUAGUUCAUCGCAAAAUAAUGAUGAUAAAGUGUCUUUCGAGAAAUCUAAAGAUUGGAAAUGUUCAGAUUGUUGUGUAAAUAAUAAAGCGAAUGCUACUAAUGGUGUAUGUUGUUCUGCCAAGAAGAAAACGGAGGAAAACAAAGCACUUCUUAAGUGUUCAAUCUGCAAAUCUGAACCAAUAAACCAAACCAAUGUUGAUAAAUGCCAUAAUUGCCAGAGAACUGAAAAAGGUACUAACAAUAAGUUGCAAAUCGUAUCACCUUCAGAGGUUUCGAAUUGGAAAUGUGAAGAUUGUUGGGUUAGUAAUGAAGAAUCAGCAGAAAAGUGCGUUUGUUGUGGUGGCAAAAAUCCCAAACUCUCCAUUCCUGCUGAAAAGAAAGCUAAUAAAAUUGAUAGUGAUUGGAAGUGUAAUGACUGUUGGAUUAAUAAUAAAAGUACUGUAGAUAAGUGUGUUGCAUGUGGUGGAGUUAAACCUGGUACAUCUCUCAAAGGCAAACCUGUAAUAUCAACUAUUCCAACUAGUAAUCUUUUGUCAUCUUCAUUUAAACCACCUGAUAGUACAUUUCAAAAUAUUGUUAAAUCACAGACUGAUAAAUGGGAAUGUUCUAACUGUUUGGUAAGAAAUGAUAGUGACAAAGCUAAAUGUGUUUGCUGUGAGACAGAAAAACCUGGGGCUGUAAAAGAGCCGAAAAACGUAAGCUUCAAUUUUGGUAUGAAUACAAAUACCACAUUCAAGUUUGGAAUUGAUCCAAAAGCUCAAGAAAUGAAAUCAAACAAAGAAAAAGAAAUCGAACAAAAAACUGGUCAAUCUAAAAGUGAAGAGCUUGAGGCAAACAAUAAUAUUUUAGCUAAUACACCAACUUUUACUUUUGGUAUACCUGCAAAGAAAAUUGAUGAAAAAGAAAAACCAGCAAAAGAUGAAUCAAAAAAGGUGGCAGAGAUUCCAAAAUUGAACUUUACUUUUGGUAUUCCAAAGCAAAUAGCUAAUGAUUCAUCUGAAAACACGAAUUUAACACAAAAUGAUAAGAAACAGGAUUCAGUAAUUAAUUCUACUGAAAAGCUACAAGAAGUACCAACAGUGGUGUUCAAACUCCCUAAAUCAACACAAGAUGCUCCUAAAGAACCAGCGAAUAUAUUUACAUCUUCAGUGACAUCUGCAGUAUCCAAUGAUAAAUCACUUGAAACUAUUAAAACAGAAGUUGUGCCCAGUACAAUUGUAAUAGAAAAGAGCUUAAUAUUCACACCCUUAAUUAUGCAAACCACUGCAUCAAGUGAUGUAAAAAAGCCAAGUACUUUUUCUUUCACAGGAACAGGGCUUAAACCAGCUACCAACUCAUUUACUAUCCCUGUUGCAAAUGCUGCUACUACAUCUACUGAUGUUACGUCACUACCUGCGCCGGUAACCACUUCUUCCUCAUUGUUUCAAAAAAGUGACAGUAAAACUUCUCCAGCAGUAUCAUUAUUCCAAAAAAUUGAAGCAGUUCCAUCACCAUUAAAUUUCUUUAAAAAGAGUGAUUCGGUGACUACAACAGCAAAUGAAGCUCCAGCAUUCACAACAUCUACAAAAUUGUUUAGCUUUGGCAGUAGCAAUCAAACUGCUUUAUCUCAACCCGAAAAACCGAAAUUUAGUUUUAAUUUCGGAAAUACAAAUAAAGCGGAUGCACCAUCUAUAUUUAAUGCAACAUUUGGGUCAACUACAAAUGCUAAUACUAUUUCGAACACGUUUACUCUUCCAUCUGCAAAUACAGUACAAACAGGUCCUUCAAUACCAGGAGGCUCACUUGGUAGCAGUAGUGGCUUAUCAACUGGAAGUUCUUUAAACAGUACUAGUUUGUCAACAAAUAAUUUACUUUCGACAGGAAAUAAUGGACUUGCAACCGGGAAUAAUGGACUUUCAACAGGAAAUCAAAUAAAUGUUAGUAAGUUGGGAAAUGAGUCUUUGAACACAGGAAAUACUUUGAAAACUACCAGCACGUUACCAACAACUCUUUCAAAUAACAUAUUUGGUGCUGUAGCACAAAAUGAAAACAUUUGGUCAAGUACAAACAAUACUACAGGAAAUUUGUUUGUACCAAAUGCAACUAACAACAACCCAUUACAGAAGCCUGCAUCAUUUACUUUUGGUACAUCUACAACUUUUAAUGCUAGUAAUGGUGGAUCUGCCUUUGGGACUAAUAAUACUCAGACUGUAUUUCCAACAGAGAAUCAAAGCUCGUUAUUUUCUAAUCCAGCUCAGAGUCAAGCAACACCAAAUAUUUUUGGUUCUUCGCAACAAAGUAGUAGCCCCGCUCCUGUUAUUGGAGUAUUUGGAAAUACAAUUACAAAUGUUGUUGGAAGUAAUACUUUUCUCAAUCCUUCACAGUCGCAAGCUCCCGGGCCUGCUCCAAGUUUUAACUUUGGUGCAAAACAGCUUGGCACUGGCGUAUUCGGAUUUGGACAGCAGCAACAACAAAUAUCUCAACAAUUUCAAAGCCCUGUUUAUAACUUUGGGUCCAGUCAAGGCACACCACAAUUUAACAUGGGUAGUGCACCCAACAUUUCAGCUCGGCGCGUUAGAAAAGCUGUACGUAGAACGACACCACGGUGA